GUUAUGUCUCUACAUUCUAUACAAUUUUUAUUUAUACACCAAUUAUAUCUCGGUGAUCGGUCCCGUUUAUAUAUAUAUUCCCGAAAAUCUGCCAUGUCUAAGAGAGGUCAGUCUAGUAUAUCGAGCUUCUUUGAGAAAGCUCCUAAACAACCAAAUUUAGGAAAGACUUCAGGUCUUGCAGGGCCAAGCGAUUUAUUUUUCUGUCUGGAUACGCCGAUCGUUGAACGCAGCAUAGAAGAACCAGUUCCACCUUCUUCGUUGCAGCUGGGCAUUGCUGAUAAAAAUGUUUCAUCCCUUCCCGAACCCUUUGAUUCCACCUGCCUACCCGCAAAACUUCCGAAGAAAGACGGCCGCCAAUUACAAGCUAGUUGGUUUAAUGUAUGCCCAUGGCUCCGCCCAAAUGAGGAUGGAAGCAUGCGAUGUUCAACUUGCGUGUGGGCAACAUUGAAUAGUCGUGUUAACAUAAAAGAUAGAGCUUUAUUAAGCAAAAGUCCAUUUGUUCGUACAGAAUACGGGUGGUCGAAUUUUAAAAAGGGAUUGCAAUCUUUGCAGAAACAUGGGUCUUCUGAUCCACAUAAAAACGCUGAACACGCUGUGCAAGUUGAAAAAGACAAAGACGAAAAUUUCGCGAUAGUCGAUAAGCGAACAACUGAGCAACAACGGAAGUUUAAAUUGGCACUAACCGCUAUUUUCGAUAGCAUUCGACAUUGUGGUCGAAUGUGCAUUGCUUUGAGGGGACAUGGUGACGAAAAAAAAUCGAGUAAUAUAUGGAGCAUGGUGAAGUUUGUGGGGAAGUAUAAUUCAGAGGUAAUGGAAUACCUGGAGCAUGAUUCUGUCUCCAAAUACAUGUCGCCAGAAAUUCAAAAUGAAAUGAUACGCAUUCUGUCACUUACAAUUUUGCGGUCUUUAAUCAUAGACGUAAAAACAAAAUCAGUUGUGAAGUUACCGUCAGGCAACCGCACCUUCGUUGAAAGGAACAGCAAUUACGUGUUUUCUAUUAUUGCCGACGAAACAACUGAUAUAUCGAGACAUGAACAAGUCAGUUUGUGUGUUCGAUAUUGCACAGGAGAUUUCGAGGCUAAUGAGGUAUUUUUAGGCUUCUAUGAAACUGCCAAAACGGAUUCGAAAACCUUAUUUUCGCUGAUUAAAGACGCGCUGACAAGGCUAGGGCUUGACUUCUCUCAAUUACGUGGCCAGGCAUAUGAUGGUGGAAGCAACAUGGCAGGCAAACUCAGUGGCUUGCAAAAGAGAGUGCGGGAUGAUAAUCCAAAAGCCCCCUUACUUUCAUUGUGUAGGCCAUCAAUUAAAUCUCGUUUGCCAGGAUGCUUGUUGCGGAUUUGCUACCGUCGCCCAUGUAAUUGGAAUUCUUAACAACACCGUUAAUUUUAUACGAGAAUCACCAAAGCGUUCUUCCCAUUUUGCUGAUGUUUUAGAAGAAUUAUCAAUGGAGAAAACCACACUACGACCUCUGUGCCCCACUCGCUGGAUUCUCCGUUCACUGUGCAUCAAUGCAGUAUUGGAAAAAUACAAAGCACUAUUAGUAUUUUUGGAUAAGUUGCAGAGUGACAUAGAGUAUCCAGCGAAUGUACGAUCCAAAGCCUUUGCUAUUCUGUCCAAUUUAGAAAAGUUUAGCACAUAUUUCGUCUUGCGGUUGCUACAGCGUCUUUUUGCCACCAUCAACCCCAUUCAUAAAAAUGUGCAGGGGAAAAAUGUAUCGACAGGUGAUAUCCAAAAGUGGAUUAGCACACUUACUGAUACUCUUUCCAGUGAUGCUGCUUCAAAAUCUGCAGAAGAAUUAUUUGAUGAAUGCACCCGACAUGCCCACGUUUUAAAAAUCGGUUUUCCUUCUCUGCCUGGACGUAGAAGAAACUCUACAGAGGGAGAUAUAACAACUUAUUUCACAAAGCUAUAUCGUGAAGUAUUUCAGGAAGCCACCCGCUCUAUUCUACACAGGUACCAGUCCGACUCUUUAAUCGGGGCCAAUUUGCUUCGUCGGCUGCUGGAAGACGAAGCUAUGAAACCCAGCGAAAUGAAAGAAGUUACUUCAUUUUACGAAGAUUGGGAAUUUGGAGCCCUUUCUCGAGAGAGAAGCCAAUGGUUUGCUCGCUGUCGCCGAAAUAACUGGCCGAUUUCAGUAAAUGAGCUGAGAAAGCAUAUGGGAAUGGAUAGUGCGUUACGCGAUAUGGCCCCAAACCUCCGUUCAGCUCUUGUUACAUACAUCGUGCUGCCAGUAUCAUCGUGCGAGGCGGAACGUUCAUUCAGCCUGCUUCGUCGUUUAAAAACCUAUAUUCGAACCUCCCAAUCGCAACAACGUAUGAACCACUUGGCCCUAAUGGCAAUCCACAAAGAAAAAACAGACACCCUGGACCUCAGCGUUGCUGUAGAUGAGUUUAUCUCGGUAAAACAAAGAUGAAAAAAUAAGUUUCGAGACUCGUCUCUCUAAAACUCUACAGAAAAUUCAAAGCGUUCCUGUUUUUUUGUUUACACUGUUUUAUUUCGCAAAUUAAAAACUUGCAAAUAUAAAAAAAAUGGUUUGGUUUAACGAUUUAUUUUGUUAAACCUAAACAUGAAUACCGAUUAUAGCUGCGUCUUUUUAUUUUUAGCUUAAGACAAAGCGAGUUGAUUUUUAUAUUAGUGCAUGCAACGGGAAAGUUGUAAGUAUGGUGCAUACCAGCAUACAUUAAAUGAAACUAGAGCUUUACACGCUUACGUUAGGAAUGCAGUAACAUCGCCUGUUCAACCAGGUUAUUGUUUGUUUAGUCGAUUUGUAAUGCCUUCAGACACGGCACGUCGCAGGCUCGCGUCAGUAAAAAUGCGGCUUCUAGAAAGUUACGCAUCGUAUGACGUCAUAACCUAAAACGUAACUGCUGCCUCGCCACCCCGGUUUUUAUCAGAAUGAUUAAUGUUUCGACGCCUAUGACUGUGAUCAUAUCUACUGAUUGCAUUCACAGUCAUUAAUUAUAAGUAACUUGGUUGAUAUAAAUUUCUCACAUAUUUUGUA